AUUCAAAACCGAAUAAACGUUUAAAAGUAAUAAUGAAUCCUGUUUCUGGAAAGGGUAAAGCAGUGAAGAUUUUUAAUAAGGAAAUUAAACCAAUUCUUGAUGCAGCCAGUUGUACAUAUGACAUAACACGUACUGAACGUGCUAAUCAAGCGAAUGAAUUAAUGAGAACUCUUGAUUUAAAGAAUUAUGAUGCAAUCGUUUGUGUUGGUGGUGAUGGUACUAUGUAUGAAGUUGUCAAUGGAAUUUUAUCACGUGAAGAUGCUAUGGAUGUAAAAAUUCCCCUGGGUAUAAUCCCUGCUGGUUCAGGAAAUGCAUUAAAUAUUUGUUUACAUGGUGAUAAUUGUGGUUUUGAUGUAGCUCAUUCAACACUUACUGUAAUCAAAGGUGUUCCAAUGGAAAUUGAUAUUUGUUCUGUAACACAAGGUGAUAAAAGAUUCUUUUCUUUUCUGACUCAAAGUUAUGGAAUAGUUGCAGAUUGUGAUCUGGGAACUGAAAAUAUGAGAUGGAUGGGUGAAAUCCGUUUUACGAUUGGAAUAGUUCAAGGUAUUCUAGCAGGCCGUCGAUAUGUAAAUGACCCAAUUCCAGAAGAUUGGGAAAUUUUAAAUGAUGACCUUUAUUUGUUUUUUUGUGGAAAAUCUCCUUGGGUUGGUAAAGGAUUUCUAAUAUUUCCUUGUGCUUUACCUUCCGAUGGUCUUAUGGAUUUAGUAAUUAUGAAAAGGGAUGGAAUAUCAAAAACAAAAUUUUUAAGUUUAUUAAAUUAUGCUAGUACUGGAGCACAUCUUAAUUUUAAUGAGGUUGAAUAUUCUAAAAUUAAAGCUUUCCGUUUGACUCCCAAGAAUCGUCAAUAUGGAUAUAUUGGUAUUGAUGGGGAAAGAAUUCCAUAUGAACCUUUUCAAGUAGAAGUUCUACCAAGAUUGUUAACUUUACUUAGUGUUGAUGGAAAUUAUUUUCAUUCUAAUAUUUGA